CAGACCCCGUCCACAUCUUCACAGCCAUGUGUGGAAUCUCCUGUCUGUUGAGUCUGUCGCCCGCUUGCUGUGAGUGGGACACGAGGGUUUACGAACAUUUGAAGAGGAGGGGGCCUGACUGUAGCCAUGACAUCACCGUCACCAGCAGCAGUCCUUUUUACCAGUGUUUAUUCUCCGCCCACGUCCUCCACAUGCGGGGUGUCCUCACCCCCCAGCCUCUUCAGGACAGCACGGGAAACAUACUCAUGUGGAAUGGGGAGAUUUUUGGGGGUCUGCCAGUGACGGCCACAGAAAACGACACAGUGGUUUUACUUCAGAGGCUGUCGACCUGCGGCAGCGCCUCGGGUAUCCUGUCUGUUCUGUCCAGUGUGCGGGGGCCGUGGGGGUUCGUUUACUACCAAAAGGCUGCAGAGUAUCUGUGGUUCGGACGAGAUUUCUUUGGAAGACGUAGUCUGCUGUGGAAGUUUGAGGCGGGGAUUUUAACGCUCACAUCUGUCGCUGCCAACUUGUGUCAAAGUGAUGAGUCAGUCUGGCACGAGGUCCCGGCUGUGGGGGUGUACGGGGUAGAUCUGAGGGCAGCGUCUCGGGCGGACCGGCUGACGUUUGAGGUUUAUCCCUGGACCUGUACGGGAGCAGACGACCUUCCUAAGGUCGAUACGAUAUCUGAGUCUGUUCCCAACGGCUGUACUGUCGUAGUGAACCAAUCAGGACUGUCGCUCACCUCCCCUGUGUGUCGCCUCAAUGUGGCGCUGCCAGAGCUCAUAAAUCACUCCCAGCCGCCGGUCGAUGAUCUGGACCAUCUGCUGACCAACACGGAGGUCAUGGAUGAUGUCGACAGUCUUGUCCACGUCCUGAGUCAAGCAGUGAGGCGGCGGGUCCAGGCUCUGCCUCUGGUACCAGAUGGUGAUGACGACCGGGCCAGUGUGGCCAUACUCUUCUCUGGAGGCAUUGAUUCUAUGAUCCUGGCGGUCCUGGCUGACCGUCACAUCCCUGCAGAGAAACCAAUCGAUCUGCUCAACGUCGCAUUCAAACUGCAGGAGAAAAAGAAGCAGAAACAGUCGGUGAAAAAUUCUAAAAAGAAGCCAGUGACUGCUGAGGCUGAUGUCACUGAUCCAGGAACGUUCAGACCCUUCGACGUUCCCGAUAGAAUCACUGGGAAAGCAGGCAUGAAGGAAUUACAGCAAAUAAGUCCAGAAAGAAGAUGGAACUUUGUUGAAAUCAAUGUAACACCGGAGGAACUGAAGACGCUGCGGGGGGAGCGCAUCACCCACCUGGUGUGGCCUCUGGACACGGUGCUGGACGACAGCAUUGGAUGUGCUGUGUGGUUCGCAUCCAGGGGGUCAGGGGUCAUCAUGGAGGGCGGCGAGACGCGGCCUUUCUCAUCCUCAGCCAAGGUGAUUUUGACAGGGAUCGGAGCAGAUGAGCAGCUGGCAGGUUACUCCAGACACAGGGUCCGUUUUAAGACGUCUGGCCACCAGGGUCUGAUCCAGGAGCUGGACAUGGAGCUGGGCAGGAUCUCCUCCAGGAAUCUGGGCAGGGAUGACCGGGUGAUCAGUGACCACGGCAAGGAAGCCAGAUUUCCGUACCUGGACGAGGACGUGGUGAGUCACCUGAACUCCCUGCCCGUGUGGAAGAAGGCAGAUCUGUCGCUCCCUCGCGGCGUCGGGGAUAAACUCCUGCUCAGGUUGUUGGGGAGGCGGCUAGGCCUGGCUGAGUCCGCAGUCCUGCCCAAGCGGGCCAUGCAGUUUGGCUCCCGCAUCGCAAAGAUGGAGGACGGCAGAGAAAAGGCCUCGGACAAAUGCACGCGGCUCCUGACUGGUUAGACAGACCUGCAGCUAAGAGGCCUGGUUCUGGUCCAGACCUUGGUACUGGUCAGGAGCCAAGGGUGGUUAAGACCUCUGAUCUACACCAUGUAGGACUUGACGUCUUGAAGGUUUUCUCUGAAGUACCGAUCACAUUCUAUGUAGGAAGUCAAGUUUCCAACAUCAAAACGCCCAGAAAUCUGAUGGACGUAAACUGGAUUCCUGAAAACAAACAAAUGAAUCUGUGACAUGAAGAAUCGUUAACCAUCGUUAAUCUGUCACUGUAACCUGGAUCGCCCAGAAUCACCUUGGAAUGAGCCACGACACAAAGUUUCCCGGUGCGUCCCUCUGUUCAAUCGGAGCUUCCUAUGGGGGGGGGUGAUGGUGUUACUCAAACAUUCUGUUCAGUCAAAAGUUUCUCAUGUGGAAAAAUAAAAACUCUCUAAUCGU